AUGCAUGUGGUGUUCUGUGGUCAUCGGGAGACAAAGCUCCGUGUGUUGAAGCUCUCAUGGUCUAAUCUUUGGACACCCACUGGUAGCUGUAACACCAUCACAAUUUUACAGAGUAAUGAACCCUGGGGUGGGGAGGAGUCUGACCAAAAAGCAGAAGAGCCUGCAUCUGCCAGGAACAGCUUGCCAAAAGCAGUGUGUGUCCAUCCUGGCUGGCCCUUCCCAAACGGGAGGGGACCGUCCAGCUGCCUGGGUGUGGAAAUGCCUGACAACCCCCUGCCUCAUCUGCCUUUUGGAUCUUCAGGUCUGCUUGCUUUCCUGCAGCCUUUGACCUCCGUCAUGGCCUCUAAUCUAAAAGUCAUCUUCCUGUUUAUUUGGUUGCUUCACUGUGGAGGGGGAACUGUCGAUGUAGAGCAGAAACCUCCAAUCCAGGUUGCACUGCUCAAGGAAGGAAUAUCCAUCCCCUGUGAAGUCAUCUUCCCUUACAUGCCGAAAUAUACCAAAUUUUCAAUCUUCUAUUACUGGAUUAAUUCACUGGGCCAGACAACAUCCAUCCAUACUAGGUCGGAAAAUGUACCCAUCCCUUCUGGAAAAGAGAAUAAAACCGCUACCAGAUCUUACAACCACAGAAUCAUGCCACUUGAGAGCACCUCUUCUGGCACAUACUACUGCAAGGUCAAAUGGAAUGACAUCCAGAAAAUGGGAAAGGGAGUUUUUGUCCUUGCUAGAGGUACAGGGUACAUAGAGACCUCUUACAAGUGGGAAAUCCUUGUUACCCUUACUGUUCUUCUUGCUGCUUUGAGCAUCACUGCAACAGCUCUGCUUCUGUGGAAAAGAAAGGCCUUGUGCCCUAGAAGGAACCAGCCAAAUAUCCUAAGACAGAAGGUGGAAACACAGCCUCCUUCAGCCAGCCCACCACCACCACCCCCCCCUCCUGUCUAUGACUCCCUGGAUUUGCAGCAAGUUGAAGUCUAUUCCAGCCUCGAGAACAACACGGACCACACAUCACCCAGAAAAAGUCCUCUAGGGAAGACACCUAAGCAGCAAGCAGCUCUGGAUGAAUCCUCUGAUACACUCUAUGAGAAUAUCUAACAGGAAAAUCUGACCCUAUGUGGACUUUCUGUACGGCAGAGCUGCUCUCUUGCAUCCCCAGUUCUCCGCAGAGAUCCACAGCGACUUCAGGGCACAACCAUGAGGGACUUGUGAACCCCUGGCUCCUUCUAAACUGCCCUUCAUUAACAACAGAGUGCAUCUGUUCAGCUCCCACUGGGGCUCAGUCUGCACUGAGCAGCAGAGCUAUCUGGCAGAAAAGCCGUUCAAUGCAAAAGAAAAUCUGCUUUUGUCAGGCUCUCACACAUAUCUUGGAAAUGGUGCAGAUGGGAUCUGUGCAGGUUUCUUUCACCUGGCCUGCCUGAAAUACUUGAAUCUCCAUCCUCUGUAAAUGAUAGGACAAGCCAGAGACCUUCCUGCUUGCUAGCUUGAUCUUCCAAUCCUGACCUGCAGCCAUCCAGCUGAUCCUGUGCCUUUGACUUUCCUAACACGGCCAUCAGGCCUUCAUACAUAGUUCAAUCAAGAUUCAAGCACCCACUUGCCCAUUUUGCCUUUCUCAGGAGCCCCACAGUGAAACCUGCUUUCUCAUAAUCUGCUAAUCCCAUCAAAUAGUCACAGAUGCCUGCUGUGACCAUCCCCAGGCGACGCAAAUCGGUGCCUCAGAAAUCUCUCUUCAGCAAUAUCA